AUGAAUACCCCAGAAACACCAGCAGACGAUGCUAACGCCGUCGCGCAGCUGACUGCGCUGGUCGCGAACCUUACAGAUACUGUUAAAGCUCAGGUCGAAGCGCAAUCUGCUUCUAAUGCUCAGAUACCACACCUCACGAAUCUUGUGCAAUCGCUCCAAGCUCAGAUUAGCACACCAGCCACCUCUGACGCCCAGAAUCCGCCCACUGGUGCAUCUCAGACGCUCCCCCACAGUAUCCAAGGGCCUCAUGAGAGCCUUAUUCAAAAGGUUGAAGACUCAGUUGGGAAGCCUGCACAAGCACCAAUCAGAUACUUUGACUCCGCAGAGCGUCCAAAAGAAGUGAGAGAACUGUGGAAAGACUUUAUCAACUACGGCAUUAAUUUGCCUGUUAUUCUCUUGCCUCUGUUCAAAGACACGUCCGAUCUGCAAUGCCAGGGGCCCAUUAUUGUUUCUGAAAUGGUGUCACCUCCGGGAACCCCAGCAACACUGCGAAGAUCCCACCCCUGUCGUGAUGGCAUCUCCAUAUGGAGACCCAUUCGAAAUGGUGUUGGGCCUGAGCAUGGCUUGUUCAGAGUUUAUCCUAGGUCCCGGAUGAUUGAGUCCGAACAAGAGCUACGUGAGAGUGGAAUCCCUGCUCUUGACAUCCGCAUCCGUGCCGAUCAGGUAGAUCAUUGGCUUGCAUAUCGAUAG